UCGGGCCGUCACGGAGCGCAUAGCCCAGGAGGAGAGGCAGGGCGGCUGAGCCCCGACGCUGCCCGCCCGUCCCUGGGUGCGCCCCGCUCCGCCGCCCGCUGCUGCCCGGGGCUCUGCUGGCUGCCUUGGAAAUGUCCUUCCUACCUGACUUUGGCAUCUUCACUAUGGGCAUGUGGUCGGUUGGUCUCGGAGCCGUCGGUGCAGCCAUAACAGGGAUUGUGCUUGCCAACACUGACUUCUUUUUGUCCAAGGCAGAAAAAGCAACACUAGAAUUUUUGGAGGGGAUAGAGCUAAAAACUUUGGGGUCAGAGCCAAGAACAUUCAAAGCAGGUGAACUGUGGAAGAAGAAUGGUGCAGUGAUCAUGGCUGUGAGAAGACCUGGAUGAUUUUUGUGCAGAGAGGAGGCUUCUGAGCUUUCCUCUCUGAAACCUCAGCUGUCUAAGCUGGGUGUUCCUCUCUAUGCUGUUGUAAAAGAGAAGAUAGGGACCGAAGUUGAGGAUUUUCAGCAUUAUUUCAAAGGAGAAAUCUUCCUGGAUGAAAAGAGAAGCUUCUAUGGCCCACGCAAACGAAAAAUGAUGCUGUCAGGCUUCUUCCGCAUUGGAGUCUGGCAGAAUUUCUUCCGUGCUUGGAAAAAUGGUUAUAGUGGUAACCUGGAAGGAGAAGGGUUCACUCUGGGAGGAGUAUAUGUGAUUGGAGCAGGAAGACAGGGUAUUCUAUUGGAGCAUCGUGAGAAAGAAUUUGGUGACAAAGUCAGCCUUCCAUCUGUCCUUGAAGCUGCUGAGAAGAUACAGCCACAGGUUUCAUCAGCUGAAAAAUAGUUGCAUGUUUUUCUGAUCACAGCUUGAAAUGUAGAACAUAUCUGUUUCUUGAAUGUGCAAUUUAAUUGCUUCUUAACUAUUUAGUGAUCAGUGCCGAAGAAAGGUUCUCUUUUCAAAUGUAGUAACUGAUGAAAACCCUUUCAGAUUUUUUGCGGCUUUGCUGUCUUUCAGGUGGUCAGAGUUUCAGCUGACUUUUUGUGUCUGACUGUAUUAAUGAAAGGCUGGGUCUAAAAUCUGACGUAGCCUAGAUGUUUUCAGUCAGAGACAGUUGGUUGAAAGCCUGUCUACCUAGGGGAGCAAAACCUUGCUAAACCUGGAGAAAUUAACCUAAGGUUGAAGGGUAAUAAAAUUUUAUGUGGAUGAAA